CAAAAAUAUGUGUACUAAUAGUGCUUGUAUAAUAAAAUUUUAGUUCUGUCAUUUAUUACUUAUAUGAAUUCCAAUGACAUACUGCAGUUUUUGUUUUCUAUAAUACAAUUUUAUUGUGAAUGUUUAUUCUCCUAGAUGUUUUAUUAACUCAAAUCAAGAUGAAUUCAAAUAAUAGAAGCAACUUGCGUGGCACAGCAACAUUUCCCCGUCAUGGAAGCUCUCACCAAGGAAGACUUGGACAUAAUUCUCGUUGGCAUGUAAAUCAUGUUCCUUUCUCUAAGGAAUACCAGCAAGGUUAUAAUCAAGGGAAUUCUGAAAGAGAUAAAGAUUUGUUCGGGUACCCUAAACCUAAUGGUAUCCCCAAUCAAACUUUUCCUAUGGAGGCAACUAAUGCUGAUGUUCGUCAACUGCCUCCUCCAAUGAUAAUUCCUUCAAGAACUCAGGUUCCAGAGAGCUCUGUACAGUUACUUAAUGGUCCAAUGCUCAAUUUAAAUCCUGGAUUAUUAACUCCUAUAGAGAAUACUGAGUACCCACAACGUUCUAAUUCUCUGAUGCCUGAAAUGAGACAUACACCAGUGCAACAGCACAGCUCUUCUACAUUCUAUAGACCAAAUGCACAAGAAGAUAGCAGAAAGGAUAUAUGUGCACAGAGUGAAAGCCCAAGUAGAAAAAGACGUAGGAUUGUACAAACCUCACAAACUCAGAAUGGAAUUCCUCUUCCUGCCCAUCAUCAGAGUCCGUGGGAGCCUCAACGAAAUCAUCAGAGACCACUUCCUCGUAACAGUGUGCCAAUAAGGAGAAGUACCCGUUACUCUCGGGAAUGGACCCAGGAAAAUCAUACCUUACCUCGAAUGCAGCAUCCGCCAACAUUUACUCCAGCUCAUCCUAGCACAUCGCACCAUCAGCCACCUAUGAUGAUGGAUUUGACCCAGGUUGUCAAUCCAAGUGUUUCUGUACCUGUGUCCUUGCCAUUACCUCUUUACUCAAGUGGACCAACUGCACCUCAUAUACCACCGUGUCAAGUGCAUAGCAUUUAUUGUACAACUUCUCCUCAGCACACUUGUCAGCUGAAUAACUUUGGAAACUGUAUGAAUCAUCAUACACCAAACCAUCAUCAUCAUCACCAUCAUACCAGCUCUGUUUUGUUCCCAUCAUUAGCUCAUGUUCACUAUUCAGCGCAUAUUACACCACGCCACGAGCCUAUCGAAAUUGAUAUAAUUAUGGAUCAUCAUCAUAGACCGCCAACUCAUCAGGCUACCAUUUUACAAGUACCUACUCCAUCCAGCAUUUUUAUUUCAGAGGUUCCUCGAAGGACUAGUGCUCGAAGAUGGAAUCGUCCAUUUCCUCCAGCCCCAUCUCCGUUUCCAGGAUGGCUUCAUAUUUUGGCAAUGUUUUCUAAUCCUCCUUUGUCUCCAUACAGUCAGGAAGUGGGCGAGACUCAUCACCCUCCUGAAAAUUAUGAAGAAUUCUUGAAUAUUGCUGAUAGGCUUGGUGAUGUUAAGCCUAGAGGAUUGAAUAAAGCUGAAAUAGACCAGCUACCCUCUUUCAAGUUCAAUGCUGGUGACCAGGAGGGUGAUCAAACUUCUUGUGUAAUAUGUUUAUGCGACUUUGAAACUCGCCAAAUUUUAAGAGGUUUGCCUUGUUCUCACCAGUUCCAUGCCAAGUGUGUUGAUAAGUGGCUCAAGUCCAAUCCAACUUGCCCCAUCUGCCGUGGAGAUGCUUCAGGAUAUGUCUUGUGCUCUGAGUAAGAACUUUCACCAUUGUGCAUCUUUUAUUUAAAAAAAAAAAAAAAAGUUAAUGAAGUGAAAUAUAUCUGGGGUUUGGCUUUUAAAUAUCAUUUGUCUUGGUGGGGUGUGAUUGUACUUUCCAUUUACAUAAUUCUUCUGGGAAAAGUUUUUUUAUUAAUAAGGCAAAAAAGGAGAGAGCGGGGAAAAAAAAAGUUCUAUUUUGUUGAUAAUUUUCUGCACCCGACUUUUGUAUAUUUAUUAGUUAAUAUUGUUAGUUUAUCCUGCCUAAAAUCAUAUAUAGAAACUAUCUGUUAUUUUUAGAAUUGAAUCAAUUGUUGCUUAUAAAGUUAUUUUUUAAUGUUAAUGUAUUGUUUGUUGAAUUUUUUGAAAUUUUUCAUUAUAUGUUUGCAGUGAAUUUGUUUAUAAUUGAAAAUGUACAUCUUACAUAACUUUUUAAAUAGUUAUUCUUAUUUACAGAUAGUAAUGAUCUCACAAUAACUUAUCUUACAAUAAUGCUGUUUACAUAUUGUUAAAGUUACCAUAAUUCGAAAAUAAUAGUGCCAUUCAUAUCCUGUCCAUUUUUAUUAAAUUAAUUUUGUACCAAAUGUAAAACUCACUUCAUCUUAGUCUUUUAUAUAAGUGAAAUUGGACUAAAAUAUUUUCAACUGUUCGUUAAUUCAUUUUUUGAUACUCAUUUAGAGUAUUUUUUUUUUUAAUUUCACUUCUGUAAAUAUUGUGAUGCUAAUCCCUUUAGUUCAAGGUUUUAAUCUUGUUUAGUCUAUUUCUAAUUGCUUGUACCUGUAUUUUUAAUGGAGUUCCCUGGGUUGUAUCUGUGGUUUAUGUAUUUAACAGCCUUAACAUUUCCAAUAAUUGAAAUUUAAUAUUUCGCUGUUCACAAAUACUUUUUCUAUGAACUUAAAUUAGCUAUGAACUUUUGAGCAUGGGAAGGGAACAUCACUUACCAUUUUAAUUAUGUAAAAUACAAAACUUAUAAAUUAAUCACAUGUAUGACAUAUGUAUAUGUAUAUAUUUUUAUAUGUAUAAUAUAUAUGCACAUAUGUAAGUCAUACUUUUCUUCAUGCUAUUUCACCAAAUAAUUAGAUAAUUAUAUAUAUUAAAUAAGAAAUACAAAGUGUUUUUGUUUUUUUAUUAGUGACAUAUUAAUUAGUUGUUUAGGAUGAGAAAUUAUCUUGUUAGUUAAAUUAGUAAAUUUUUUGGAAUUAUCUGUUCAAUUCUGCUGUUUAAUUUAUGAUUGAAUCUGCGAUUCACUUACACUUCUUUCAUUCUGUAAUUUUAAUAAUUUUCAUCUUUGAAAAUGAUAUUUGCAUAUGUAGUAUGUUUUGAUGCUGUUGAGAUUUGAUUAUCAGUAUCUAUGUGUAAUAUCUUUUAACUCUUUGACUCUACAUAUAGCAUACUUAUAGUUAGGUUGAAAAGUACAAUAACCCUCUAUCAAUUAAUAUGCUUAAGUCACUCAAGUUGUUGAUAGUUACAUCCUAUUCACAGAUUAGUAAAGAGCAACUUGUGUGUAAUUAACAGAAUAGAACCGGUAUAACUUUUGUGAUAAUGUACGUAAUUAGGUUAAAUUGAUAGAUUGUAAAAAUUAUAAGCAUAUCCUUAUUAACUUCUGUGUAACGAAGUUUGUUGAGUAUGAGGGUGGAGGUAUUAAUACAUUUAUAUAUUAUAGAUUGUGUUUUCAUUUUAAGGUGAAGUAAUGAUGGGUUUAUUUUUUCUUCUUUAAACAUUUAAAUUGUAGAUGUUAAGGUAUCCUUGUAUUUAACAUUAAGUGGCUUUACUUUUAUAACACCUUUGCCUUCAUUGUUAACAUUCUCUGUAUAUCAAGUUUUUAAGGAGUGUUGCUUUCACAAAAAUAAAAGUUGUGCAUGAUACGUACAUUUUAAUAUAUGGCUUUUAUCAUUGUGUAAAUAAAAGACAUAUGCUUGUCAAUAUGGAUACAUUUAAUAAGAAUGAAUUAAGCAUUUUUAUAGGAUAUAUGUAUGUACAUGAAGCUGUAUUGCACUUGCUAAAUAAAUCUACGUGUGCCAACACUACUGUGGAAGACAAGAAUUGUAUAAUUUGUCCUCAUAUAGGUAUUUGUAAAUACAAUGAGAGAUAUAUAGUAAUCAUUGAUUUAUUACUUGAUAAUUAAUAUUUCUAGCUUUUAUAUUGUGACUUUGUAUGCUGUUUCGAUAAUUGUUAUAUGAUAGCAAAAUUUUAGAUAUUAGGUUAGGUUGUUUUUUCUAUUUAUUUGUUUUUUCAUUAAUUUUGUUUAUUGUAGGGGUUAUAAUGUACAUUUUCUAAGGACUGAGGCACUUAAUCCUUUAUUUCUAGUUAUUAAUUUUUAGUCUGCUUUGAGGGUAUUUUUUUCUUGUAUAACAGCUUAAAAGACAUCAGGGUGUUGUUCCAUCUGGUAUAAAUGCUCAAUGUAAUGUUAAGCAUAAAUUUAUCCUAAUUGCACUGUAUUAGUAACUUUAGAUAUCAGGGAAUAACCUGCUUUCGUCAUCGUGAUAAAAAUGACUUUAUUUAGAUUUGAUAGUUUUAAGUUUUGCGUAUUUUAUGUAUGUGUUAUGUUCUUAGUUUCAAUCAUAGCUUUAUUACACUUAAUGCUUUAUUAUUUAGUAUAAUAUGAACUGAACUAAUGUUUAUUAGGCUUUUGAUGUAUUUUAUAUUAUUUACAUGUUGUAUUUUUGUUUUUUUUUUAUUCGAGACAAUCAUUUUAUCGAACUUAAGAGAAUAUUAACCAUAUAGAUGUUUAAAUUUCUUCGAUUGAAAUCACAUGAAUUAAAGUAAGAGAUAUGGUUUGUAUCUUUCAUUGAAAAAGUUACCUAGUUGUUGAGUGGCAUGUUUUAAGUAAAAUUCUAUUUAUGGAAAUUUACGGCAUUUUGAAAAAUUUAACAAAAAAAAAAAAAAGUUAAAUUUUUUUUUUUAUAGAUGUUGCAAAAAAUGAAAAACAUCAAGAAUUAUGAUAUUUUUGUAGAAGUUAUCUAUAAUAAUAGGCAAAUUUAAACUACUGGCAUACAUCUCUUGAAGUAUGACAACCACCUUCCAUUAAGAUCUGCUUUAAUUUAAUAUAUAUAAAACAUGAAGUGCUUGUGAUUAGUUAAAAAAUUAUAAGACAUCGUGAUUAGCAAUAUAAUGCCUUAGUGUUUCUUUCCCACAUUUUCAAAAUGCCUUAUAUAUUUAUAGGAAGGUGUUUAUAAAAAUAUGUGCCUCUUAAAUGAAAUUCAUAGUCCAUUAAAUUUAUAUGAUUAUCUAAGAAAUAAUUAGUUUUAUCUAUGUACCACUUCUAUUACUAUUGCUAAUUAUCGUUUGCAAUUUUUUCAUUUUUUUUAUGCUUAUGGAUUUUAUAGAUUAAAAUGAUUAUUUUAAUUUUUUAAUGUACUUUGCACUAAAUUAAAAAUAAAAUAAAAACGAUCUUCUUUACAGUUGCAGUUUACUUUAAUUUUUUGUUGAAGUAAAGUUUCAUUUAAUAUACAUUUGAAUCUCUUAAUAAUCUUUAUUAUUAAACCAAUUUUAUCUGUUCUCUAGUCCUCCAUUAUUGUAACCGUAUACCUCAUCAUUAGUUUUCUUCGUUAAAAAAAAAAAAAGUCUACUCAUAAAUAUUAAAUAAUAUUCUUCUUCAUAACUUUUAAUCAAAAUUUGUGUGUGUCAAGUAUAUAGUACAAAAAUAUGCCUCUAUAUAUUGUAAUGCCACUGAAACUUGUGGACUCAAUUGUUAUUUUCUACUUAGAGAUAUAUAAUAUAUAUAUAUAUAUAUAUGAUUGCUUUAAAAAAUGAAUAAUGUUAUUGCAUGUAAUAAAAAUUCUUUCAGUGAUAUGCACAAUUAUUUCUUGCAGAGCUAAAUAGCAAUAUUAAUACUAGUAAGAAUUAGAAAUAGCAGUAGAGUGCUUAUGUUUAUAGAGAAAAAAAAUGACUAAUAAAUUGUUUAUGUGGCUUGUUUUCAUUGUAAA